GAGCUUUGGAGUAAAGGACACACUCUAUCUUCCAGCUGACAGACUGACUGAAGCCAGUCCUUCUCUCUGAUCUCCAGAGGAACCCCUUCAACACAACACUCGUCAGAAUGAACUUGUCAUACUUGGUUGCGUGUGGACUUUUGGUCAGCUUGCUUUCAGAGAGAAUGGGGGCAAAACCUUUAACUCCAGCGCAGCAGAAGUCUCUUAGAAGUUUGCUGGGCGAGGAGUUGGCAGAGAUUGUGGAGUCGGGCGAGAGGGAGAGGCGGCUGGACUCCGUGCGCUCUCGGAUGCGGCUGCUGCGUGAUUUACGCAUGGACACCCGCGCCAGAGGGAUGUGGGCUCGUCUCCUUAACGACCAGCCCGCAGCGAGGAAACACAAGGCGGGGAGCAAGAAAGGAGGAUCCGCGUCGCGCAGUGGAUGCUUCGGACACAAGAUGGACAGAAUAGGAACCAUCAGCGGCAUGGGCUGCUAGGGUUGGAGCAGCGCUCCGACGAUCUAUGGACGACGGGGUUGGAGAACAAGAGUUGAGUUUGUUCUCACCUGAUGAAAAACAAGAAAGAAAAACAAGAUUUUUGGUACGAAAGUGACCACGACCAGCAGAAACAAAGACUGGGAAGACAAUGCUACAAAGUCCUCAUAUAAGAAUAUAUAUGUAUAUGUAUAUGUAUAUAUAUAUAGUAAAUAUGCAGGUAUAUAUACAUAUAUGUAUACCACAAAAAAAAAACAUAUACAAACACAGAUGCAUACUGCAACAUUGUGGACAAUGGUGUAAAAACUACAAUCUGCAAAGCUGUACAUUAUUGCUGCUCCUGCUGCUGCUGCUGCUGCUGCUGCUGUACAUUCAAGUACUUCAUCUUCUCCUGCAUAAUUGUAUUUAUGUUUAAAAAGUAUUUAUAUGUUUAUAAAAAGAGAUAUUUAUAAAUAUGAGUCUUAUUUAUGUAACAUUUUGAAAAUGGAUGCAAACUGC